AUGGACACGUCUGAAAUAGAAGCAGUUGACGACACAGCGGAUUCUGUUGUAUCAGCUUCAAAAGGAACAAUGGAAUUGUCCUCAGAUGUAUCUGCAUUAGACAAGAUCCAUGAGACUCAGGCAGAUCUAGGCUCUUUUAGGUCAGGAGUCGACAGUUCUGUUCAGGAUGAGGACUCCGGUUCACAUUUUGGAGUAGGGUCCAGUACAGAGAAUGUGACAAAUGGCACUGCUGACCAAACUUCAGAAGACGUAAGAGGAGAAGCUUUAGAAGAAGAAACUGGUGGAAUUUCCAAAGAAGGUGGCGAAGAAGUUUCAGACACAAGUGAAAGAGAAAAAAGCAGUGAAGAAACUUCAGAAAAGAAUGCAGGUCUUGUAGAAAAGGUGAGUGAAGAAGCAUUAGAGGAGGCAGGUAUUGAACCCUCAGAAGAACUGGGUGAUGGGCCCUCGGAAGAACUGGGUUAUGAACCUUCAGAAAUGAGUAAAAAAUCUCCAGAAUUUGAUAAAGCUGAGCCUACAGAUAAAAAACAAGUGACUCCGAAGUCUAAAACACCCAAAACUCCAAAGAAAAAGGCACCAAAACCAGAGACACCUGCAGCUAGUCUAAGCUCAACAACCAAUGCUUCUGAAGGAAUGGCUGACCUCCCAGAUGGUUGGACAAUGAAGGCAGUCCAGCGUAUGACUGGGCAGUCAGCCGGCAAAUAUGAUAUCUACUACUACAGCCCCGAUAAUAAAAAACUGCGCUCAAAGACAGAUGUCUCACAUUACAUACAAGAAAAAAACUUAAACCUUGACCUGGAUGUGUUUGAGUUUAGCGUCAGCAAGCUGAUAGAGAAAGGCAGUUUUCACCGACAAGAUGUCACUGUUGCCAGACAAAGGGGACAGCCAAAGCCUCAGGUUCCAGCUGGGAAGAAAGUACUACAGUUAAAAGGAUCAAGUGGAGUCAAGAAAGCUAAGGAGAGUUUAGGGAACAAAAAGGCUUUGUUCAGGCAUACAAAACUGUCAGUUACCGAAGGUGAAAGUGAGCUCAAGGUUACAAGUGCAGCAUCCAUUGCUAAGAAGAAAGCAGAUGAGGUGGCAGACGGCAAGGAGCAACAGAGGCUGCAGAAGCUUGUCAUUAAGAUGCCAUUUGGAAGUACUUUUGGAAAAUCCUGGAUGACAAAGAAAGAAUCUAAACAGAUCAGGUCCUAUUUUGCUCCACCAGUGGGCGACGGUGAGCUUGCAGAGGAUACAACAUUGACGUCUGAUGAGUCUUUUAUUGAAUCAGAUAGGGAACCAGGAAGCCAAGGUGCGAAGAUAGGCAGCAAAACUAAAAUAAAACCCAGAACACAAACCCCAGAGUCUCCCAAAGGUUUGGCAGAUGCCAGUGGGCAACCUAGUGAACAGACUUCUCGAAAACGAGGAAGACCUAGGAAAUAUCUGGUCAGUAGCGGUGCAGAGGUUAACUUUGAGAAUGGUAUGAGCACCAGCUACCAGGCAGAAUCAGGGACACAUGUAACACACAGUGGAGAGGUGGAGAAGGUGCAGGUUCAGUCUGUAGAAGAUACACAGGCAGCAGCCAUAAGCUCGCCUCCAGCUGAUGCAGCUUCUCCAAAUGACCAGAGGGAUCUUCAGACAGGAAUGGUCACUUCUUCCAGGGAUGAAAGCAUAACCACUUCACAAAUAAGCCCCGAGUUAACAACAUCAGGUACAAAACAGAUAGGAACAACUCCUUCUAGGAAGAGAGGAAGACCCAAAAAGAUUCCCAUUGUCGUCGGUGAUGAACAAGAGCAUCCAUUGAAUACUACAGGGGAUGUCAGUAGCAAGAACGUUUCCAGUUUUUUCGAGGAAAGUCCAGAUAAAGUUAUUACGUCUGCUGGACCAGUAGCAGAUUCUGACUUGCCUGAAGCCAGCUCUGCUGUAGGAUCUGAUAAUUAUACGAUCAUCAAAUCAGAAGACUCACAGUUGCUAACUUCUCAGCAGCCAUUACCACAUCUGCUACCCAAAAGAAAAAAAGGACGGCCUUCCAAGAAAAGUUUGAAUGUUUCUGAUUUGUCAGCAAAUGGUUUGUUGACACCAGCUGGGUCGGGCACUCCAGACGCCAGUAGUGUUCCACCAGCCGCAUCUGAGGAAGUCUUACAGAGCCCAGGAGAAGCUAUACUGCAGAUGACCCCAUCAUCAGCAGAAGCAAAGAAAAAGCGGGGUCGACCCCGAAAGUACAGCAUUCUUAAAUCUGAGAGUGAAAACCAGCUAAUGCAGGAUGAGUCCAACGUGGCUGCCGAAGCCACAGCCACAGAGAGCCUGUCUUAUAUUGAAGACAAGCAGAAGGUGGAGGAGGAGGACAGCAGUCCUGCCAAGCAACCAAGAUUUGCUGGAAUAAAAAGGAAGAGCCUGCCCUAUGAGGACCAUGAGAACUCAUUGAUGGAGUUUUUGUCAGUACAAAAUGGACUUGACAACACCAUUCCAGAGAGGAUUACAGCAGAGUACAUUCUUGAAGGCAACACAACGAGCAAAUAUUUCAAGAAGUCUGACAACAAACUGCCUAGACCCAAGCUGAGACGAGAUGAGAAGUGGAUCCCUCCCAGGUCUCCCUUCUGCCUGGUGCAGGAGUCUCUGUUCCAUGAUCCUUGGAAGUUGUUAGUUGCAACUAUCUUCCUGAACAAGACCACAGGUCGCCAAGCCAUUCCAACCCUGUGGAAGUUUUUUAAUCGUUACCCGACGCCAGAGCUGGCCAGAGAAGCAGACGAGGAAACAGUUGCAAAUAUUCUAUUUCCAAUCGGCUUGAAUUAUACUAGAGCCAAAACUAUCAUCAGAUUUUCAGAUGAAUUCCUGAGUAAAAAGUGGACAUACCCCAUAGAGUUGCAUGGCAUUGGUAAAUAUGGGAAUGACUCAUACCGAAUAUUUUGUGUCAAUGAAUGGAAGCAGGUUGACCCAACGGACAACAAGCUGAACGAUUACCACCAGUGGCUAGUGGCAAAUGAAAGUAAACUUGAAUUGAGCUAG